AGAAAAGUUCUUAAGAUUGUUUUAUUUAAAAGUACUAACCACAUAAACUGUAUAAAAAUGGCGAGUCGAUCACAAAACCCGCAUGGAUUGAAGCAGAUCGGAUUAGAUCAGAUAUGGGAUGAUUUAAAGGCCGGCAUCAACACGGUGUAUAGAAGACAAAGUAUGGAUAAAGUGAGAUACAUGAAACUGUAUACACAUGUGUACAAUUAUUGUACAAGUGUACAUCAAUCUGGUCAAGGGGGUGGAGCACAGGCUGGUGGGCGUGGCACCCUUGGGAAAAAGAGUAAACAACCAACAGGUGGCGCUCAGUUUGUUGGUCUGGAAUUGUACAAAAGAUUGAAAGACUAUUUGAAGAAGUAUCUUCUAGAUUUACAAGAGAAUGGGCAUGACCUAUUAGAUGAGCAAGUGCUAAGUUUUUACACAAAACAAUGGGAGGAAUAUCAGUUCUCAAGUAAAGUGCUGAAUGGUAUUUGUGCUUACCUGAACAGACAUUGGGUACGCCGUGAAUGUGAUGAGGGAACAAAGGGAAUCUACGAGAUCUACUCACUUGCCCUGAUUACAUGGCGAGAUUGUCUGUUUAAGCCAUUGAAUAAACAAGUCACAAAUGCUGUACUUAAAUUGAUAGAACGAGAAAGAAAUGGUGAAACAAUCAACACAAGACUGGUCAGUGGAGUCAUUAACUGUUAUGUUGAGCUAGGUUUGAAUGAGGAUGAUCCAUCAGCCAAAGGUCCAACAUUGAGUGUGUACAAGGAACAUUUUGAGACACCCUUCUUGGAAGAUACAGAGAGGUUCUACAAGCUGGAGAGUACAGAAUUUCUUAGACAAAAUCCAGUCACAGAAUACAUGAAAAAGGCAGAGGCAAGGUUAAUGGAGGAACAGAAAAGGGUACAGUUGUAUUUACACGAGAGUACACACGAUAUUCUGGCGAGGAAAAAUUUAGAAGCCCCAUAGAAAUCUAGAAAAAUUUUCCAUUAAGAAAAGAAGUCCUUCAUAGAGAAAAAUGGGAAUUUUGGGGAUGUACCGUUUUGUAUCAAGGUACAAGAUGGGUUAGGAGAAUUAAAAACACUUCUAGAGACACAUAUAUAUAACCAGGGUCAAGCAGCAAUAGAAAAAUGUGGGGAAUCAGCUCUUAAUGAUCCUAAGAUAUUAAAGACAUCUUGGGUUAUAAGAAAAACAGCGUCUAGUGAUAUACAGGAAAAAAUCAGUUUGAUGAAACAUGUAUUUGUUAUAUUUCAGGCGUGUGGAAGGUUUAUCAAUAACAAUUCUGUGACCAAACUAGCAAACUCUUCAAGUAAAUCACCCGAGUUGUUAGCAAGAUACUGUGAUCUUCUCUUAAAGAAAAGUUCAAAGAACCCUGAGGAAGCGGAACUAGAAGAUACACUUAAUCAAGUGAUGGUGGCGUUCAAGUAUAUAGAAGAUAAAGAUGUGUUCCAGAAGUUCUACAGUAAAAUGCUGGCAAAACGUCUUGUUGGUCAUAUGUCAGCCAGCGACGAUGCUGAAGCCAGUAUGAUCUCAAAACUUAAGCAAGCGUGUGGUUUUGAGUACACAUCUAAGUUACAGAGAAUGUUCCAGGAUAUAAGUGUAAGCAAGGAGUUGAAUGAUUCCUUCAAGACACAUCUAGCACAGUCAGGGGAACCUUUAGAUGUUGAUUUCAGUAUCCAAGUAUUAAGUUCAGGUUCAUGGCCUUUCCAGCAGUCAUGUCCAUUUUCACUGCCUCAAGAGCUGGAGAGAAGCUACCAACGGUUUACAGCAUUCUAUAAUAACCGACACAGUGGUCGUAAAUUAGGCUGGCUUUAUCAGAUGUCAAAGGGAGAAAUUGUCACUAACUGCUUUAAAAACAGAUACACAUUACAGGCGUCAACGUUUCAAAUGGCUAUAUUGUUGCAAUACAACACAACAGAUUCUCAUACAGUCUCAUCACUACAGGAAAAUACGCAGAUCAAAAUGGACACAUUGACACAGGUGUUACAGAUCUUGCUGAAAUCCAAACUUCUGAUUACAGAAGAUGACGAGAAUGAUCUGCAGCCUUCUUCACAAUUGGCCCUCUUCCUGGGAUAUAAAAACAAAAAGUUACGUGUGAAUAUCAAUGUACCAAUGAAAUCAGAGGUCAAAGUUGAACAAGAAGCUACACAUAAACAUAUAGAGGAAGACAGAAAAUUACUUAUUCAGGCUGCAAUAGUACGUAUCAUGAAGAUGAGGAAGCAACUAAAACAUCAACAGUUGCUCGCUGAAGUGCUCAAUCAACUAUCAUCCAGGUUUAAACCUAGAGUUAAUGUCAUAAAGAAAUGUAUAGACAUUUUGAUAGAGAAAGAGUAUUUGGAACGUGUGGACGGACAGAAGGACACAUACAGCUAUUUAGCAUAGUGAUACAAGCUAAACUGUGAUCAUUUAUUAUUCUGUUGCAUUGGAGAUAAAAGGACCUGUUGCUACGAAACUUACCAUGUUGUUAGGGACCUUGUCAUGUUGCUUUUAGAAGCAGGGUCUUUUGCUACGGAAACCCACCAUGCUGUUACGGAAUUUGUCAUGUUGCUAUUAGAAGCAGGGUCUGUUGCUAUGGAAACUCUUUGCGUUGCUACAGAGACAUAGUACAUACUAUCCUGUGGCUAGGGCAUUUGUCUUGUUGCAGUGCUAAGAAGAUCUGUUACUAUUUUUAGAAAUUACAAACAAAAAAUUUAUUCCUAUGGAAUUUGAAACUUUUUUCAAAUAGGUUAAGCUCAGCAUGUGUUGUCUCCCUUGUUAGUGCUAUUACAGUUGUUAGACCUACCUACAUACUAAUUCUGAGCCACACUGACCUUCUGGAGCAAAUUUUUUGUCACACAGUCAAUAUCAAACUUUUUUCAACCAAACAUAAAAUGACAUGCAAUUGUGUUUGUCAGUGCACAAGUUAACUCAGAAGGAAAUAAUUCCAAACUAGUUCAAAAUAGAAUUGAAGUGUUAAAUCCAGUUUUCAUACAGUUGAAUUAUUCAAACCCCAUUCUGUCAAGUGUUUUAAAUUGUUAAUAUUAGUGUUCAGAAAUAAUUUAAAAUUGUCAUAUUUUUGUUCACACGUAUAAAGCAGGUGCAAGAUGUUGUCCUUAUGUUGUAAUUUUUGAACGUUUAUAAGACAGUGAAUUUUUAUUAUUAUUUUUUUUUGUAUAAUUUAUUCAUUAUUUAAAGUUAGUGUAUAUGGUUGUGCUCAGCAACAUUAGAUAUACACACGGUAUCUGCUGUCACCUUGUAGGCAGGGAAAUAGGGUGUGGCUUAUUUUAGGGGCGGGUAUUUCUAACAUUUAGGGGCGGGCAGGGAAAUGGGUGUGGCUUAUUUAGGGGCGGGUAUUUCUAAACAUUUAGGGGCGGGUAGGUUGUUUGGAAUAUUUUUUUAAGAAUGCAAAAGUUGAAAGUCACACUUAUAUUAAGAGAAAAUGUGUUAAAUUUAAAAACUGUAUCGUCCAUUGUUUAUGGUUCAUAGAUAAUAGGAUAGAAAAUGUAUUUCUUUUUCUGCAGCGGAAGAAAAUAUUAUAUUGAAGUUGUUGAUAAAGAUUGGUUAACCUUCAAUUUAUGAGAUGAAAACCUGGCAUUAGCAUGGGAUCAUUUAAAUAUAAUAUCAGAUCGUUUAGUUAAAUAUUGAAACAUUUAGAUAAAUAUUGGAUCAUUUAUAUAUUUCAUCAUUGUCUGAUUACAUAUUCUAUUAAUUUAUAUAUAUAUACAGAAAAAUCACAUGAAAAAUUCGCAAGCUACAGCCAGGACUCGAAAAAUAUAUACAUUUUGUAUAUAUUUGAUACAUUAAAGACAAGAAAAGUUUGUUUAAAAUUUUUAUAACCUUACCCAGUACCUGCUGAAUUUGUGUACUAGAUUUUCCCAGCAGUCCAUUUGAAUUUUAGGGGUUUUCAUCACAAAAUACCAAAAUUUAGCUGUUAGUAUAGGGCCUGGUCAGACUACAUGGAUGUGCAGGUUGGCUUGGCACUAAACUGGUGGCAAAUCUUUGCCAGGAGGUAAAGGGCUAAUGUAGAUCUUAAAAUAGGUCUGUCCAUCAUUAACAAUUGAUUGACCAGUUAAUUUAUUUGUACUUUUGUAAUUAAAUAACAAAUUCGUGAUUACUAGUGUAUUAAACAUUGCAUUAGGUUUUUGUUUUCAGGAAAUACCUGUAGCCAAAAUGUAGUUAUUUUGCAGAAAAUUUACUGAAUAAUUAUGUUAACUUUGUUUCUUUUGAAUGAAUAACCUUACAUUGCAAUAAUUGUUUAAUAAUUCCAGAAAAGCAUGGCAUAAACAUGUGGGAACUUUUCAAACUAUGUAACUCUUCAAGGUUCAUGACCUAAAAUAUAUGACCCAUUUCUCCCAACAAAUUUUCAACAAUAUUUUCAUUGGAGGAAGCUAUCCCGCUAGCUCACAGUGGGUCGAUGGUUCUACUCGGGUGUCUUGAAAUAAUGCAAGAAGGUGCACCUGAGGUUUUCCUCCAUCAGUAAAACUGGAAGGUCGCCAUAUGAUCUUAACAGUAUUGGUGUGACAUAAAAUCCAACACAAAACAAGCAAACCAAUGUAAUAUAACAACUACAGGUAUAAUUCCUCAUGAUACAUUUUAUAUAACAUUGUUAAUGGAUGAAGAGCAUUUAUUAUGUUCAUUGUUGAAGGAAUAGUUAUCUUUUUUGUGAGAAAUAAAUAUGUGUAUAUAAUUAAACGACUUUUGUAUAUAAGUAUAUUUCCAUUGUGUUAAGAAUAGGUGUGAAAUCUUAAAGGGGUUUUCCUUUUUUAAAAAAUUGUGGAGUGCAAAAGAUAUAUAAUGUGUGCGCAUAAGAGUUUUUAUGUUUUUUUGUACCUGAUAUAUAUAUAAAAAACAUUGUUGAAUUUCAGUAAUUUAUUUCAUUAUUUUCAAAGACCUCUAGUUGUUCAUUUGUGUCAAGACUGAUUCAUCUAUACUAUACGUCGUCGGUAUCUGUGUGUCACAAUUGAGGAGUGAUACUGUAUUUGCUGUUAAUGUACUAAUAGUUUGAUACAGUGUGUUGAAUUUUUUUUUUACCAGUGUUACUGUUCAGAAUACGACAAUUUCUUUGUUGCUGGGCUUAAAUUGGUGACUGUGCUCUAACCAGUGUUGGACAAUAUCUAUAACCUAUUAUUUCAUAGAAGUUACCAUAGUUUUGUUUUUUCUGUGAAGAAAAUUACUAAAAAAUGUUUAUAUAUACAAAAUAUUGAAGAAACACAUGAAGAGUUAUUCAUUUUAUUAGGGAAAGUUAAUAAACACUCUUAUGUCACAUUUGAUCUUCAUGAAUUCAGUAUUCAAUCUAACUUAAUGAAUUUAAAUACUGAGGAAGUGUAUCUGAUUUUCUUUAAAUGCCUCCUUAAUGAACUUAAUCAAAAGUUUUAUGUCUAUAUUAUAAUAUAUACAUGUACAUUGAGUACAUUUGAGCCGCAUCACGACAAAAGCAACAUAAUGGGUUUGCGACCAGCAUGGAUCCAGACCAGCCUGCGCAUCCGCGCAGUCUGAUCAGGAUCCAUGCUGUUAGCUCUCAGUUUCUUUAUUUGUAAUAGAGUUUGUAAGCGAACAGCAGGGAUCCUGAUCAGACUGCGCGGAUGCGCAGGCUGGUCUGGAUCCAUGCUGGUCGCAAACCCAUUAUGUUGGUUUUGUCGUGACGUGGCUCAUUUGUUUAAUGUCUGGCCAGAGCAUAAAAUUUUUUGAACAAAAAUGGUAAUGUUAUGCUGUUAACUAAGAAUGCUGUGUUAGGAAAGUUCUUUUUUU